CUGCAAAUGCCAGCCAGGCCAGUCUCACUUUCCCAAUAUAACCCACUGCUACUUUCCACAGCUAUCUGAACAGCCUGUUUGGCCACCCUCUGUCUAAGUGUGUCACAGUUUGACAGCGUAGUGGGAGUGUGUAGGUAUGUUUGUGGGCAGAGCUAGUCUCUUUCUAGGCCUGGGCUUGUUAGUCCCGUCGCACUACUAUCACCUUCUUCAAUUCAAAUCGAUUCAACAAACUUGAAUUGGUCGCCCCGUUAUGGGCACCAUGAUGAGGGAGACCGAUCCAGUGGAUACAGAGAUUGACCUGGGUGACUCUGAUUAUGAAGACCCUGAGGAUCGCAGUGAGGAGCCUGAGCUGCUGUGGAAGGCCGACCUGGGCUACGAGGAGGAUGAGCAGGAGACUCUGUCCCCUCUAGUAGACGUCAGUGACACCAAGCCUCUACUGAGUGAGAGAGACCCUCGAGGAAUAAAUGACUGCCUGAAGGUGAACUUUGAGGAUGUAAUAGCAGAGCCAGUGUCGGUGCGUAGCGGAGACAGAGUGUGGAUUUGGAGUAACGCCCUGUUCGAGGUCGCCAAGGUCUGGAUCUACAGGAUAGUGACCGCCCUAUUUGCUGUGCCGGUGUCCCUCAUCACUGGUCUGCUCUUUGCCAUGCUCAGCUUCCUACACAUAUGGUUCUUAAGCCCCUGCAUUCGUUACAGCCUCACUGUCACAUACUGGCUGCAGAGCCUGUGGGGUGUCAUACUGGACAUUGGGAUUCGUCCAUUCCUCACCAGUACAGCAAGGUGCUUCGGCGGAAUCCAUCUUCGACUGACGCAUGAAUGACAGAAUGGUAGUGAAAGGGAAAUUCAGGACUUGGAACAUAAAUGUUUUCCCAACAGUACCUUACUGUGGAAUUUCCUCUGGGGAGACUAUCAAAGCUGGACAAAGUAUUUUUAAGCUUUUUGGUGGUUCAUGGGGUAACAACUGAGAUAAAUACCAAUGACAAAAAUGGGAGAAAUAUUUUUGGCAAGAACCAGGUGAUUGUUUGGGUCAGAAGUAGUCACAAGUUAAGUUUAAAAUGGGAAUUUGUUAAAGGUCAUUUAUUUAAGAUUAUUUGAUUACCAAGGUACAAUGGAAGUGCUCUUUGAAUGGGUCUUUCCAUUGUGAUACUGUCAAAUGAUUCUCCUAUUUGAGGAGCAUAGUACCAUUGAGAUACAGCAGUGGAAUUAACUGCUCUCAGUAAAAUCAAAGCACACAGUUAAAAAGGCCUCCGCAAUUUCUCCAUUUCAUAACAAAAAAAUUUUUAUGAGCCCUUUAGCUCUUUGUGGGUUUCACUUUUCCAGUCUAUUCGGACAAAUGUGUUGUAGAUUACAAUAUUAAUAUAUGCAGCAAUAUAACUUUUUUAUGUUUGAUGUUUAUGGUGCAUGCUCUGUGACGUUAUAAUUUGGUCUAAACAUUAUCGAUAGCAGUGGUUCCCCACUCUGGUCCUCGAGUACCCCCAACAGCACACAUUUUUGUUGUAGCCCUGGACAAGCACACCCAAUUCAACUCAAUGAG